GCGCUGCCAUGUUGUUGUUGUAUUUUCUGGGCAGCGGCGGAGUUUCCAGCUGCUGUAGCUGUCUGCGGACGCGGUGGGUAGUUUCGGUGGGGGAGGCACUGCUUUAAUCACUCUAUUUGGAUUACAACCGAGCUUCAAGUAACAGCAAAAGUUGCCGGACAACAGGAGCUGCCGUCGGGUGAGGUGAAGAUGGUGGACCGGCUUGCGAACAGCGAGGCCAACUCCAAGCGGAUUGCGGUGGUUGAGAGCUGCUUCGGCGCUGCAGGUCAGCCACUGGCCAUCCCAGGCCGUGUGCUGAUUGGUGAGGGUGUUCUCACUAAACUCUGCCGAAAGAAGCCAAAGGCACGGCAGUUCUUCCUCUUCAACGACAUCUUGGUUUAUGGUAACAUCGUCAUUCAGAAGAAGAAGUACAAUAAGCAGCACAUCAUCCCUCUGGAGAGCGUCACCAUCGACACAGUGCCAGAUGAAGGCGACCUGCGCAAUGGCUGGCUCAUCAAGACGCCCACCAAGUCUUUCGCUGUGUAUGCUGCUACUGCCACCGAGAAGUCCGAAUGGAUGAACCACAUAGGGAAAUGUGUCGGAGACUUGCUGCAGAAGAGUGGCAAGUCCCCUACAGGAGAGCACGCGGCUGUAUGGGUGCCCGACUCAGAGGCCUCUGUGUGCAUGCGCUGCAAGAAGGUGAAGUUCACGCCAGUCAGCCGCCGCCACCACUGCAGGAAAUGUGGAUUUGUGGUCUGUGGGCCGUGCUCAGAGAAGAAGUACCUCCUUCCUAGCCAGUCGUCCAAACCAGUUCGUGUCUGCGAGCACUGCUACGAGCAGCUGACAUCCGUAAACCAGGCACGCUCAGACUCCAUCACUCGGCCGGGGUCAAAGUUCCACAGCAACAACCUCUCGGACGAUGACGACGAUGACGACAGCAGUGACUGAGGAAGGUCCGAUCCUCCCAACGGUCUGUCCAUCUCUCUGCCGUGGAGGAAGUACUCUGCUGAUUACAUUUUUUGUGUUUUCCAUCCUUGUGAUUGAAUCAUGAUCCACCAAGAGAGGAAUUCUGGAUUAAUUCAUUAAUUCACUUCGGAGUUCUGGUCUCAUCAACAAACCAAAAUGUUUUACCCUUUUCUAUGAAUCCAGCAGGGAUAAAUACUUUCCUGAACGCAGUGAUUAAUCAGUCACUUGAGAAACUGCCUGGGUGACCAGCAGCACUUUGAGAUAAAGUUUUGACUGUUCAUCACAGCCCUUCUCCCUUCCCUCUUAAUUAGCUUCAGUUAGUCACUACAGAAAACAAAGGUGCUAAUGAGAGACUUGCCCUCUGCUCUAUACUCAGCUUAAGUUAAUUUCUUCUUCUUUCUUUCUUAUUUUUGUCCGUGCUCUCUCCAUGGACCUAAACAAGGUAACUGCUUGUAAUUUCUGCAGGGAAAAGCAAAUGUUUGGGCUGUAGCCUGUCUUUGGUUUUCUUUCAGGUAUUUCACCAAACAGGACUUUAUUAUAACAGAAUUCUGCACUAUUUUUGUAAAUUGGACUCCAGCAAAAUGAAAAGUUUCCCUUUUAUAAAUAUCUAUUGUGCUAAACGCAGAGCUUUUUCUAAUCUACUAUAGCUGCUUUUGACAAAUCAACUAAAGCUUGUCUCACGAUGAGCGAUUGUUUCUCUUUUAACAACCACGUAUGAGUUUUCUUAGAGGCUGCCCCCAAGCUUACUCUGCCUUCUUCUAUACCCUCACAUAGUGCCUUGUAGAAAACUCAGCUUAGCCUUCAGCAAGCAGAAAGGUUAUUAGAUAAUAAAACAAGACUGCAAAAAACAGCGACUUCAUGAUAGGUUGACUCUGAAACACAUUAUAGAGGGUAGGGUUGUUGUUUGGUUUUGUGUGAAGACCAGGGCGAUUAUAGACCAGGGAUCAGAUGAGAACGGUUCAAUUUGUUCCUAGAAACACUUGAAAGUCACUUAAACCAGCCAUCCAAUCUUGUAAGGGCAGUCACCGGCUUUUCCAUUUAGCUGCUAGUGGGCAAUUUUUACCUAGAGGAACCUAAUUGCCUUGUUUCCACAUUGUGUUAAAAACCAGAGGAUGAAUGGAAAGUAUUGGUGAUCAACAUUCUCUCUCUCACACACACACACCUUUCAACAGAUGGCUUGUGUGGACCUGUGUUCCAGACGAGGCUGAUUGAACGCUAGUUGAGAGGUUGCUUUAGACCUUGUGAAAAUCUUUUGUAGCCGACCAUGGCUGGGAAAUCUAGUUAGACUUCUAUCAAACACCCCAUUGCUUAUCAAAUAAUCUAAAGUUUACCUUCAGAAAUAAAUAACUAGCCAGCCAAAUAUACUCUGAUUCUGAAUAUUGAUUAAAUAAAGCACACAUUACUUUGCAGUGCUGGGCUGAUAUGUUCAUUUGUUCCCAAAAAGCUGUUGCACUGACCCCGCCUGUGAGUAAUUAUACAGCAUUUCCCACAUAUUUUAAUUCCAUUUUGGCUCCAUUGUCCAUCCAUGAUAAACAAUACCCUUCAUAAAGGGCCCUUUUUGAAAUAUUUUAAUCAGCAAGUACCCUGUGAUACAUAAGUAAUUGAGCGUUACACUCACCUGCAUCUCCAAUGAGUCUUUCAUCCUCUUUAGCUGCUAGGCCCUGUUCUGCUCGGCAGCUGAGCUCAGAGUUUGAGACGCAAAAAGCAUUACAGCUUCAAACAACCGUAGUUCUAGGGUUUGCAGCAGAAGAUCUCCAGUUGUCAGAUGGAGUACAGGGCAGUGGUGCUAGAAUCCAAGAACUCAAGCAAAGUAAUGACCUCCAAGUCCAACACAAUGCCAAGAUGGCCAAAAUAGCGUCUUGAGUAACGUGAGAUUAGAAGGCCUUGGGGACUGAACUUUUAAAAUAAGGUCAUGGUGUUAUCAGCUACCAAAUCAGUCAUGGAUCGUGGUGUUCCUUCAAACAGACUGCAAAAAUAAAAUCUGCUAAACCAAGUUGCAAAAUAUUCUUGUGGGGCUGUUAAGUCUUUGCUAUAACUUUAAUGUCACAUUAUAACAAAAGACAAAAAUUGGUAAAACAUGAAGUUGCUAGAGUGGGUAAAGACAAAGAAUUGAAGUUUUUUGCACCUGGUUGGGUUUUGUUAGCUGUAGGUUAUUUUUAUCUUUGUGUUAUACAAACGGAUCCGAUUAAUGUAAUACCUCACAGAGAGGUAGCAGCAAGCAGUAGUUUGGAUUCUGUUUGCAAUACGAUUGUUUAACACUCAGCUAAUGCCUCCAGUGAAUGACUGAAUGAAAUGAAAUGCAGUAAUAAGGAAGUUUUAGGGCCUGGUGUGUGUUUUUCUUUUCUUGCACAACUGUGUGUGAACCAUAGGUUGUGAAAUUCCUACCUGCUCAGCAGCUUAGCAGGUUUUCUGGAAUGAACAUCAGGAAAUCGGCAUGUUGUCUUCCUGUCACUUGCCCUUUACUGUGCUGCUCUUUUACGUCGGAGGGAAAUACUGUGUCAUAAAACAAACACACCUCUUUUGAACUCUGCCAACACAAGCGACCAUAACAGUCUGUCCAUCUUUCUUUCCUUCCUUCCUUCCUUGUGUACUUGCUUCCUUUUUCAGUACCAUCACUUCUCCAUGGAAACCACAGCUUGUAGAUCAUGUGACACAGUGUGUGUGUGAAUUAAGUCAUGUGAUUGGGUACUGAACAAGGAACUGAAAAAAAAUACUCCUUUGGGGAAUUGACUACCUUCUACAGCCUGCAGAGAACUCAGGUUCAGUUCGCUUACCAGAUGUUCAUGUUAUCAGUUUCAGUGCGAGUUUCUGUUCUCGGUGAGUCCUGUGAAGAGUUUCAUUCCUCAGACCAACAUUUUCAAAUAAACAGCACUCAAAGUUGACUCUGAACUCCGCAGGAUCAUUAAUUUCUCGGUAUUUAUGACCCAAGCUUGUACUCAGAUACUCGUCAGUCUGCUUCUCUGCUGGCUCAUUCUGUGCUGUUGGAGGUCUCAGGAUUGUCACUAUUUGUAAAAGUGCACUUGUAGCAUCUAAACCAAGACUGAGUUAGGAUUCUCGUCUGUCCUGUUUCCCUGCGUCACUGCAUGUCUGCUUAGAAAAUCCAACAUUUUUAUCAGAUUGACGCAUCACGCGUCACAUUGACGGGCGUUUACAGUAUUCUUAAGAAAAGAUUUUGAAACUCUGGAAUGUUGACGCGAAUUUUUUUCAGUCACACUAGAAACGCAAGACAUGCAGUACAUGACAGUCAUGUCAUCUGCCAGGAAUGCAUUAGAAUGCCAGGCAUUUUACCUAUUGACAACUCGACUGAACGAGUAAUCUUAACAUAUUGUAUGAACCUAUCGAAGUGUGAAAGCAGGACAUCAGCAGCUUGGAUGAGACUUUUUUUGUUUGUUUUAAAUGAGCUACAGAGUGUAAAGGUCACCAUAAAGUCAGCGUGGACUGCUGCAUUGAUUUCACUAAAGUGCAUCUGUUUGAUCGGCUGACUGAAAAAGUCAAAACACCUCCUACGGGACAGCCUGUCACACCCAGCUCCAUCCAAGCAGACUCUCACUCACGUGAAACUUCAUUUUCACAGACGGGUGAAAGUGUGAACUUGUAUUUUGGAAGUUUUCUUCUUGUUAAAUAGAGCACAUUAACUGCAUCAGGUUUUUUGGAAUGAAACUCACAGGUGUUUGUUUAAAACAAAAGGCAUGGGAUAAGAUGUACAUGAGCACACUGCAGUCAGGACUAGAAACCGAAACCACAGAAGUGAUUUUGCUUUUAUCUGAGAUCAAACGGGAUUGGGAAAACAAGUUUGCGUUGCUUCUAACAAAAGCCGAACCUUUACCUUUAUGUCCAACACCUCUGUGAGUGUCUACAGAUGAUUUCCUUCAUUUUGACUUUCUUUCUACACAGAUAUACGGUAACAGUGCAGCAUUAAGCAUCUCAGUAAACCAGCAGAACAGGAAGAAGAAAGGGAUCAUUUUCUUGUUAUGAUCUUAUAGGUUAAACUUUCUGGUAAUGUUAUAGCGAUAAGAGAAAUGACCAUGUUAAUGAUCACUAACCAGCUGUCCUUUAUACUCACUGUGGCGGUGGUGCUCACGGAGAGACGAUGACGUCACAGUCGAAUCCAGAAGCACAAAGUCCGGCCUCAGGUUUGCUGUGGAUUGCACUCAACAAAGUCGGCACAUGGACUCUGAUCCAGGUUGUUACCAUAUACUGUCAGAUCCACAGCGACUGGACAUUUUCAAAUGAAUCCUCAUGUUGUUUUAAGCCUGUUGAUUUUUGUACAUUUGUACAGAUUUGGGUUGUUUGGGUUGUAAUGUUUUUGUUGUACAGUUCUCAUAAGUUUCUGAAAUGACGCUGUCUCAAGUCUCUUUGUGCUCAGCCCUCCUCUUCGUCCUGUCUGUCACAUGUCAUCAGCAUCUGCAGCUUUGUAAUACGGUUAAAAAACAGAUGGGAACGUUUUGAUGGCCGCCAUGCAGCCACGUGUGUUUUAAGAGAUCCUGCUCCUCAGGACAGGCAACAGCAGCCGGCAAAUAUUAAAUGCACGGUUCAAAGACACCUAGUUCCUGUGUUUUUGGGGGGGUUAUAUGCACUUAAACGGGUCACAAUGCUGAUUUCUUGGUAGUAAAACUUCUAGUAUACAGUACAAAACUAAGGAUUGCAAUAUGUAUUUGUUUUUAAAUGUCUCAUUCCACAGUUUGACUAAAAUUGAAUCAAACUCCAGCCAAAUUCGAUUUUUUUUUUUCACCUCCCAACCUCCCAAACAUAUUGACCAAGAGAAAUGACACAGUCUGAUGCAGACGUAAAAAAAACCCGAUGAGUCAUUACUCCCCCCACAAGAUUGUCUGUACAGUGUGAUCCUGCUGCAGAGUGAACCAUGAACAUAAAAAAACAUCAUCUAAAUCUUGGCUGAUUGAGAAUGUUACACUUAACUGCCUUUUUUUUUUUUUUUUUCCCACUUUUCCAUUUGGCCAGAACUUUUGUGCUGUAAAUUACAGUGUCCAGCUGUUUGUGUGUUCACACUGUGAGCAACAUGUCUGACAGUUGGCACUGUUUGUGUUGAUUGUAGAUUGAGGGGUUCUGAUUACUUCUCCAAGCAUUGAUUAAGAAAAUGUCACAUGUAAACAAAUCACACAUGUAAUUGUUUUGAUUUUUAGAGGAUUUUUUUUUCUUUUUCUUAAAUGGCCCAAUAGUGAAACUAAUGCAGGAAGGGCACGUUAAUAACAAAUAAAUAAAAUAAAAAUAAAACCUUCAACUGAAAGAGUGAAUAUAAUGUGUGUUACUUGUGACUUUUUUUUUUUAAAGCUGAUCACUCCUCUGCUGCAUUCAGGCGAUGCGCUUGUAUUCAAAACUCUAACAUUAUCUCAAGCAUGUGACCUUUAUGUUGUGUUUAUAGGUCGUGAAAUGGCAAAGCAGUGGAAAAGUCACCGGAGGCUGUAAAUAAUCUAAACCUAACAUCUAGUAUUUGUUCUUGUUAGUAGCAUGGAUUUGCAGCUGGAAGCUGUGCAGAAAAUUGAUUCAUUAUCAUGAUUUUUCUCGGCUUUUUCCAGCACACAUUUCAUCUUUCAGUGGCUGUAAGAACAGCUGAGCCAGCCACAACGCUGCAGGGAUAAUUAAAGCUCAAAAUCUACUUUUUAUUUAUUUUUAUUUUUUUUGGACAAUUUGCUGUGAGUCUGACACAUACGGGUCUAUCAGGAUAGUGUGGACUCACUCUCUACACAUGUCCAAACUUAAGCGCCAAAUGUGACAGAAAGACAGUCUUUGAGUCCAGAGGUAAAAUACUAAGGCUAUAAAGAUAUAAAUAGGAGAAAAGUGAAUGUUUUUAUUUUGAAAAUAUGGGCCAGUAAUUUUUAUAUUCAGCCAGUAAACUAACACAUGGUGGUUGAAUGCUGCUCAGUUCAGCUCAUGUCGCUCACAGUAUGAACCACUUGGUUGAGGGUGGUGAUGUUUUCAGAUGUGGGAUAAUAUCCACAAGUGAAUCGGAGAAGAGCUGCAGAUCUUGAGAUUCACACAUUUUCCUUAGGAGCCAACUUGGGACAGCUGAAAAAGAUCUCAUUGCUUCUUGUGAUUUAGGUUUUGUUGUACAAAUGUUUUCUGUUGCUGUUUGAUUUCAUUGUUGGUUUUAUUUCCUAGUUUUGCGGGUAAUCUUAAUUCUCUAAAAAGGGCUUAAAUCAGAAUGUAACCCGGCAUAUCAUCUUCAUACUAAUUCUUUAAGAAUUGCUUUAGUAUCUCUUAUAUAAAUGAUGUAAUGGUUAAAAUUCAAAUAUUGUCCUGUGUUGUCUUUAUUUGACCUCUUUCUGGGAAAAAAUAAGAGGGUCAUCUUGUGAAAAUAGAUUUCAUGAUUAUUAAACGUGAUUUUUGCACUAACAAA